ACGUAGCCUGAGCGUCCCCCUGCAGGAUGGACGGAUGAACGAACAACCACGAAAGUACACACGGCGAAUUCUGCUUCUUCUUCUUUUGUUGUUGUUAAUUUCAACUAAGUUCCAUCACAAUGGCGCCUUUUGUGACACUUCUUGGGCCGAUGACUUUGUUUACCGAUAGGAGCUCCAUGCCGGCUCCGCACGGGGUGCGUCGCCUGCGGCUUGCGCGGUCCAAGGACCGCUCCUCUGAGACUUGGCAGGCUCACUCGUCCCACGAAGCACACGUUAUCGGGAAAAUGACGACUGCUCUCGCCUUUGUCGCUUCUGUGCUCACUUUAAUACACGGCUGUUUCGGUGCUGACUCAGAGGAGCGUCUUAUUAAUUGGCUGCUAGGCGAAAACCGCUACAAUCCGCUCAUCCGCCCUGCGGUCAACCCGACCGAGAGGGUAACAGUGAAGCUGCAAGUGUCUCUGGCGCAGCUCAUUAGCGUUAAUGAAAGGGAGCAGAUUAUGACCACCAAUGUCUGGCUCACUCAGCACUGGGUGGACUACAGGUUAUCAUGGGACCCCGCCAAGUACGAGGGAAUCAACAAGCUGCGUAUCCCUUCCAGACACGUCUGGCUUCCUGAUAUCGUCCUCUAUAACAAUGCCGACGGGACCUACGAGGUGACAGUCUUCACCAACGUCAUUUUGCUCUCCAACGGCAGCAUCAGUUGGCUUCCCCCCGCCAUCUACAAGAGCGCCUGCAAGAUUGAGGUGAAGCAUUUCCCCUUCGACCAGCAAAACUGCACACUCAAGUUCCGCUCAUGGACCUACGACUAUACCGAAGUUGACCUGAUCUUAAAAACGGAGGUGGCCAGCAUGGACGACUUCACACCCAGCGGCGAGUGGGACAUCCUGGCACUACCUGGCCGGCGUACGGUCAACCCAUUAGAUGCCACCUAUGUGGACGUCACGUAUGAUUUCAUCAUCAAGAGGAAGCCGCUGUUCUACACCAUCAACCUGAUCAUUCCGUGUGUGCUGAUUACCUCUCUAGCCAUUCUGGUCUUCUACUUGCCCUCAGACUGCGGCGAGAAGAUGACCCUGUGCAUAUCCGUCCUGUUAGCCCUCACCGUCUUCCUGCUCCUGAUCUCUAAGAUCGUCCCUCCGACCUCGCUGGAUGUGCCGCUGAUCGGCAAGUACCUGAUGUUCACCAUGGUGCUGGUGACCUUCUCCAUUAUCACCAGCGUGUGUGUGCUCAAUGUCCACCACCGCUCCCCCAGCACACACACCAUGCCCCCCUGGGUCAAGAUCAUCUUUCUGGUCAAACUGCCGACCUUGCUUUUCAUGAGACGCCCUCAUGAUAACACUGUGCGUCAGAGGCAGCGACAACAGCGAUGCCUCCGAUCGGGGAGCACAAUAAUGGGCUUGGGUUCGCCUGGCGCAUCCAAAACUGUUUUCCCCAAGAUGUCUUCAGCCUUGCCUUCAGACUCUGCCUUCUCCACAGCAGGACUUAAAAGUACAACCCUUCCUCUGGGGUUUAGCCACCCCAACAAGAAGGGCGAUUUGCGGUCCACGGAGUCCGUUCCCAGUGGUCUCUCCUUGACGCAGGACCUAUACCUUCGAAGCAAUUCACACUUGGCUGGCGAUGUCCAAGAGGCUGUGAACGGGGUGCGCUUUGUCGCGGAGCACAUGAUGGCAGAUGAUGAUGACCAAAGUGUGAUAGAAGACUGGAAGUACGUGGCCAUGGUGGUGGACCGCAUGUUUCUGUGGAUCUUUGUCAUUGUGUGCGUGGUGGGUACCCUGGGCCUGUUCCUCCAGCCCCUCUUCCAGAGUCAGGUGCCUCAACAACAACAGCAACCCACCUCUGAGAUGCCUCGCAUUUGAUCAGCAAAUUAUGAUAAUUUUUUUUUAGCAUGAUAGGGAAGAAGUCAUUGUAAAUCUGCGGAACAGCAGGGGAGGAAGAUCAACUCGUUUUAGUGUGUAUGAUCUGCUUUUUCUUUGACUUUUUUUCACAAGACCCGCUCCAAAAGAAGGAAGCGCCUCAAUGAGGGGUGUUCAAAGGAGAACAGCAACACAGUGGUGCCUUCAGA